CGCGAGCGCGGGGACACGGGAGCCGUGCGGUACCCGAACAGUUCUCCCGAGCAGCCGCCAGGUUCAGCCCCGCUCCCGGCCCCGCCGCGCCGCCCAGGGACCUGCUAUGGCCACGUCUAUACUUGGGGAAGAGCCGCGCUUCGGAACGACCCCGUUGGCCAUGCUGGCGGCGACCUGCAACAAGAUCGGCAACACGAGCCCGCUGACGACGCUGCCGGAGUCGAGCGCUUUCGCCAAGGGCGGCUUCCAUCCCUGGAAGCGCUCCUCGUCCAGCUGCAACCUCGGCUCCAGCCUCUCGGGCUUCGCCGUGGCCACCGGCGGCCGCGGCUCAGGAGGCCUGGCGGGCGGCUCUGGCGCAGCCAACAGCGCCUUCUGCUUGGCCUCCACGUCCCCCACGUCGUCCGCUUUCAGCAGCGACUACGGCGGCCUCUUCUCCAACUCGGCGGCGGCCGCGGCGGCGGCGGCCGGGGUGUCCCCGCAAGAGGCGGGCGGCCAGUCGGCCUUCAUCUCCAAGGUGCACACGACGGCGGCCGACGGCCUGUACCCGCGCGUGGGCAUGGCGCACCCGUACGAGUCGUGGUACAAGUCAGGCUUCCACUCAACGCUGGCGGCGGGCGAGGUGACCAACGGCGCGGCGUCGUCGUGGUGGGACGUGCACAGCAGCCCAGGCUCGUGGCUGGAGGUGCAGAACCCCGCUGGGGGGCUCCAGAGCUCGCUGCACUCGGGCGCCCCCCAGGCCUCGCUGCACUCGCAGCUCGGCACCUACAAUCCCGACUUCAGCUCGCUCACGCACUCGGCCUUCAGCUCCACGGGCCUCGGCUCCUCGGCCGCCGCCGCCUCGCACUUGCUCUCCACCAGCCAGCACCUGCUGGCCCAGGACGGCUUCAAGCCGGUGCUGCCCUCCUACUCGGACUCCAGCGCCGCCGUGGCGGCCGCCGCAGCCAGCGCCAUGAUCUCGGGCGCCGCGGCCGCCGCCGCCGGGGGGAGCUCGGCGCGCUCGGCCCGCCGCUACUCCGGCCGCGCCACCUGCGACUGCCCCAAUUGCCAGGAGGCGGAGCGGCUGGGCCCGGCCGGGGCGAGUCUGCGGCGCAAGGGCCUGCACAGCUGCCACAUCCCGGGCUGCGGCAAGGUGUACGGCAAGACGUCGCACCUGAAGGCGCACCUGCGCUGGCACACGGGCGAGCGGCCCUUCGUGUGCAACUGGCUUUUCUGCGGCAAGCGCUUCACGCGCUCGGACGAGCUGCAGCGGCACCUGCGGACUCACACGGGCGAGAAGCGCUUCGCCUGUCCGGUGUGCAAUAAGCGCUUCAUGCGCAGCGACCACCUGAGCAAACACAUUAAGACGCACAACGGGGGCGGCGGGGGCAAAAAGGGCAGCGACAGUGACACGGACGCCAGCAACCUGGAGACGCCCCGCUCCGAGUCCCCCGACCUCAUCCUGCACGACUCCGGCGUCAGUGCCGCCCGGGCGGCGGCGGCGGCGGCUGCAGCGGCGGCGGCGGCGGCGGCGGCGGCGGCCUCGGCAGGAGGCAAGGAAGCCGCGUCUGGCCCCAACGACUCUUAG